UUGUUGUUGUCGUCGCUACUGCUUCAUUUUGAUCGCAUUUUCGUCUUAUUUACCAAAUUUGCAUUAAUUAGCAAAGCGCGGCGCAAUCGAUAUUGCAACAUAUUUCUGAUGCUCACGACAGCUGCAAAGACAACGGCAACAAGAAAAUGAGGCCAAAUUCUGAACGCAGUCGCAAAAGAAGCAGAUAAUAAUAGCAAGUGACGUUGCUGCUGGUUGAGGUAGCGGCGGUCAGUCGGGGGAGUGUGUUCGGUGUUCGCCAAAAGCUAAACCGGAUAAUCUAGCAGCCACGCCAACAAAAUACGCUCACAGGAUCUCGUGCGGUUCAUUGCACUCGAGAUGAAGCUGUGUUGGCUGGUAUUGCAGCUUUUGGCGUUGCUAAGCUGUUCCGCCUUGUGCGCCAAUAUCUUGGCCGUCCUUCCAAGCGUCUGGAAAUCGCAUUACCUGUUUGGCCGACGCCUAAUGCAGCAAUUGGUAGAAGGCCCGCAAAAUCACUCUGUAACCAUUAUAAGUCCGCAUGCCGCCGAGAGUGGUGUAGACGAAGAACUAGCCAACAUACGCGAAAUCCGUAUCGAGGGCCUCAUGGUGAAUUGGCUGGAUAUGGGCAUGAGCUUCGAGGCAGAAGAAAUGCGCGCCCAGAGCGUCAUGGAGCGAUUUACGCGUCUCAUAUACGCUGGCACGACAAAUGUGGACCUGUUGCUGUCGGACGCCCAGGUGCGUAAGUUAUUAACAAGCGGAGAGCGUUUCGAUCUGCUCGUUGUCGACUUGUUUUUAAGUGAUGCGCUGCUUGGUUUGGCCUUUUAUUAUGGCAUACCCACCGUUGCGAUAAGUCCCACCGGCGCCAACUCUUGGCUCAACAAUAUGUUUGGAAAUCCACAAGCAUCUUCCUUGGAUCCAAGCAAUUUUCUGCCCUUUACGGAGCGCAUGACUACGAGUCAACGCCUUGUGAACACGUUAAUGAGUAUGUUUGAACGUCUAACUUACAACUUUUUUCACAUGAUUUCGCAGCAAUCGGUCUACUCCAAGCAUUUUGAGCACUUAGUGUCGCAGUCAUCGGAUGCACGCCCUUUGCCGCACUAUCGCGAUUUGGCCAAGAAUCUCAGCUUGGCGCUAAUAAACUCACAUGCUGUGUUGCACUACCCACGCGCCUAUCUUCCCAAUAUGCUCGAAGUUGGCGGUCUGCAUCUGAUGACGCCGCAGAAGCUGCAUUUGCCCAAUCACUUGAGAGAGUUCGUUGAGGCCGCUCCCAGUGGUGUCAUCUACGUUAGUCUGGGGGCCGAUGUGCGUAUCGAUGAACUGCCCCAUGAGAAGAUAGCCGUACUUCUGGAUGCGUUUUCCCACCUAAAGGAGUUCCACUUUUUGCUGAAAUGGGAGUCAGAUGAGUUUUUUGAUCAGCUGCCGGAAAAUGUCAUGAUAAACAGCUGGUGGCCUCAGGCAGCCAUUUUAGCGCAUCCGCAAGUCAAAGUGUUCAUCAGCUCGUGCGGUGUGCUCAGCACUUUGGAGUCCAUUGUGGGGAACACACCCUUACUUGCCAUACCCAUACUGGCCGAGCAGGAGGUCCUGGCCAAACGUUUGCAGCUUCAGGGAGCCAGCCUGACCCUCAAUUACGAUGCACUGUCUUAUGACGCAAUUGUCCAAGGCAUACGUCAGCUCACGCUGAACGACAGCUAUGUGCAAAGGUUGAAAGAGCUCCAUCGGCGCUUGCGCACAGGCACGGGCGAUUUGGACACCCUUUCUAGAGCGUUACAACAAAUUGAACUUGUGCUGCAGUCCAACGGCGCUGACUAUCUUAAGUCGCACGCCAACACGCUCAACUUUUGGCGAGCCGAGGGUCUCGAUGUGAUUGCCAUCAUUGCACUGGGUGUUUUCGGUAUACUCACUGUACCCUUCGUGGCCGUUUGGUGCAUUUUGCGCAGGUCCUACUACAGCGAGGCGGCUCAAGAGCAGAAUCAGCAGCUGCCGUAUCGCACGACUUUGAAGGCUGUUGGGCGCAUGCAGAGCUUUGGCGACCAAGCCUGUGCUGCCAACGAGGAGCCACUGCGUCGUACUCGAUCGGCCCAAUCCCUUUCUGCACGCUCCAGCUGCUCUAGCUAUAGCUCUUCGACGCCCACAACUCCCUCGAGCACCUCGACAACACCUUUGGAUUUGACGCCACCACCGCCGUCUGGAUCUGCAACUACGCCACUGGUUGUGGAGCAUAUGCCGCCCCUGCAUCUGUAUGUCAGUAAUCAGCCAGACUUUACUACUCAGGCAUCACACAAUGAGAACACGAAGCGGCAAUUUUUAUAGCCACAUUUCGGUACGAAAGUGGCAACGAUAUAUCUCUAGCGUACACAAACAUACAUAUUUACAUACUAUAUUUGUUUUAUCUAGCGACUUAAGCCUGAUUUUAAGUGUCUGUGUGUGUGUACUUUUUAUCGUUUUUAGGUUUUUGUGAUCGUUUAUGUUUUUU